AUGGAACGUGAUAUCACAAAGGACAAUAAAGGGUGUUGGACUGCGCCCUUGCCUUUUCGUUCUCCAAGGCAGGUGAUGCCCAACAACCGGUCCUUGGCUUUGAAACGUGCAAAGUUUCUGGAUGCUAAUCUUCAGAGAAACCCUACGAAGAAAGAACACUUUAUAAAGUUUAUGAAGAAAGUUAUAGACUCUGGAGCAGCUGAAGUCGCCUUGCCGACGGAAGAGGAAGUAUGGUAUCUACCAAUCUUCGGAGUGUACCACCCGAAGAAGCCUGACAAGAUAAGAGGCGUGUUUGAUUCUUCGGCAGUGUAUGAAGGCGUAUCACUGAAUGGCACGCUCCUAUCAGGGCCUAACCUAACCAACAGUUUGUUGGGAAUUCUUCUGCGGUUUCGUAAGGAUGCCUACGCUAUCACAGGAGACAUAGAGCAGAUGUUCUACUCUUUCUUGGUACGAGAAGACCACCGUGACUUUCUAAGGUUUCUGUGGUAUCGCGACAAUGACCCCAACCUUGACCUCAUCGAAUACCGGAUGCGAGCUCAUGUGUUUGGGAAUAGCCCCUCACCGGCAGUCGCGACAUAUUGUUUGCGUGAAACCGUCAAAGAUGCGGCAGGAGAUGUGAGUGAGUUUGUGAAGGAGAACUUCUAUGUCGAUGACGCACUCACCUCCCUACCCACAGCUAGGCAAGCUAUCGAUAUCAUGACACAAACACAGCAGGUGCUCAAGGCUCAAGGGAACCUAAGGCUGCAUAAGAUAGCAUCUAACAGCACUGAAGUCAUGCAGGCAUUUCCGGAGCAGGAGCUGGCAGAGGAAUUUAAAUCCCUGAGCUUAGACAAGGACCCAUUACCUGUACAACACAGUCUUGGCAUGUCAUGGGACCUGAACGCCGAUCAUUUCACCUUCGACGUACAACUAGAGGUGAAACCUAACACACGGCGGGGAAUGCUGUCCACGCUAAAUAGUAUCUUCGACCCCAUGGGUUUCAUAACACCCAUUGCCGUACAUGGAAAAAUCCUACUUCGAGAGUUGACAAAGGGUGUCGACUGGGAUGAGACUUUACCCUCCGAACCCCUAGCUAGUUGGGUGGAAUGGAAGAGGUCUCUCAGUCAACUAAAGGACUUGCAGAUUCCGAGGAUGUACGUACCCUUGUCGCUCAGUACUGCAGAGAAAGUAGAAGUGCAUAUUUUCUCUGACGCAUCAGAGAAGGCUGUUGCCGCCGUUGCCUACGUCAAAACGUACAAGGAUGGAGAAGGACAAGUGGGAUUCGUUAUGGGAAAGGCUAAGCUAGCGCCUUCACACGGGCACACCAUUCCUCGACUGGAGUUGUGCGCAGCAAUCCUUGCUGUUGAAGUGGACGAGACUGUAAGUGAAAGUUUGAACAUUAGCCCUAGAGUGUUCAGAUAUUACAGUGACAGCAGGGUUGUGUUAGGCUACAUCCGCAAUAUGACACGCAGAUUCUACACAUACGUCGACAACCGGGUUGAGCGAAUCCAUCGUGCGACACGCUCUGAGCAAUGGUCACACGUACCAACCGACCAGAAUCCGGCAGAUCAGGGUACACGAAGCUUGAUAGCAGCUGACCAGCUUGCAGCUAGUGUGUGGCUAUCAGGACCGGAACAAUUGAGAAGGCGCGACAAUGAUAACCUUUCGGAGACCUACCCUCUAGUCUCUCCUGACAACGAUAAGGAGUUAAGACCACAAGUUGAGGUUGGCGUCCGUAAAACCACAGUUGACGAGAGCAUAUCUGAGAAAUUUGAGCGAUUCUCGAGCUGGUAUAGACUUGUUGCUGCCAUCUCUGUUCUCAAACGAGCUGCAAGGAGCUUUAAAAGCAGAAGAAAGCAAGGAGCUGACAAGGGUAAAUCGUCGGCAGUCGAUCUUUACAAAGAGGCAGAGCAAUUUAUCGUGAGACAAGGACAACGAGAUGCCUAUUCUGAGGAAAUUCAGAGGCUUUGGGAUAGGAAACCUGUUCCCGAUAACUGUGCUAUCAGUCCUCUCAACCCAUAUUUGGACAAUGAUGACGUUAUGAGGGUUGGAGGUCGUCUCAAUCAAGGUUGUCUCCCCAUAGAAGAAACAAACCCGGUAAUCUUGCCAGCUAAAAGUCAUUUAGCGAGAUUACUGGUACGCCACUUUCAUGAGAAAGUUGAGCAUCAAGGCAGGCUACUUACCGAGGGAGCCAUAAGGAGCCAUGGUUACUGGAUAGUAGGGGUGAAGCGAGUUGUUUCCACAAUUAUUCAUCAUUGUGUCACCUGCAGGAAACUACGUGGACGUUUGGAGCACCAGAAGAUGGCUGACUUGCCUGCUGACCGCCUCGCACCUGGACCACCUUUCACGUCUGUAGGUGUCGACAUGUUCGGACCUUGGGCAGUGGUGUCCCGCAGAACGAGGGGUGGAUUAGCCCACAGCAAGCGCUGGGCUAUAUUGUUUACCUGCUUGACUACUCGCGCAAUUCAUAUUGAGGUCGUCGAGGACAUGAGCAGCUCAGCGUUCAUAAAUUCUGUCCGUCGCUUCGUCGCCAUUAGGGGUAACGUAAAGGAGUUCAGAUCAGACAGAGGCACCAACUUUGUCGGUGCGACCAGGAGUCUCAGGAUCGACACCGUUAACGUCGAAGACAGUCCUGUCAAGAAGUACCUCUAUGAAUCGGGAGUUACCUGGAUCUUCAAUGCGCCACACUCCUCCCACAUGGGAGGCGUGUGGGAGAGGAUGAUUGGUAUCGCGAGGAGAAUUCUUGACUCUAUGUUACACCGAGGUGGUGUGAAGAACCUUACUCAUGAGGUUCUCACUACCUUCAUGGCAGAGGUAUGUGCCAUAGUGAAUUCGCGACCAGUGGCACCUAUAUCUACGGACCCGGAAUGCCCUAUGGUUCUUAGUCCUGCGACACUCCUGAAUCAGAAAGUCGGCGGAGACCCAUUGGCAUGUGUCGACUUUGACCAGAAGGAUAUUUACCGGGAACAUUGGAAGAGAGUUCAAGUCCUCUCCAAUGCAUUCUGGAAACGCUGGAGGGAAGGUUACCUUCAGACCUUACAGGUCCGUCGUAAGUGGCGAGAAAGCCAGCCUAACAUCAAAGAUGGUGACAUUGUAUUACUCAAGGAUAAGGAGGUGCCGCGAAGUGAGUGGCCCAUGGGCAUUGUUGAAGGUGCUAUGCCUAGUGAGAGUGAUGGGAACGUUCGAAAGGCUCAAGUUAGGAUUCUCCGAGGAGGAAGGACUGUGAGGUUCAGUCGGCCUGUGACCGAGCUGAUACGCCUGAUUGACUGACUGUCUAUCUGUGACGCGAAUAGUUUAUAAUCAAUAAUCGCGUUAUUGGUUGUGUAUUGAUUGUCUAGUGGUGAUAUCUGAUAGACAUCAGACGGGGAGUGUACUGGAUUGUCAGUCUCACAGAUGUUACAUUUUCGUGCGGUACAACAGGAGACCGGAUCAUUCUCCCUGCAUGCGGUUAUUUGUGGCUAGGUAGCCUCGUUUUCGUUUUAUUAUUACCACCUCGUUUUCGUUACCAACGCGGGUUUUAAGAAACAUGGCUGUGUUUCUUAAAGUUUCCCUUAAAAGUUAAAGUUAGUGUUGCUGGAGGUCGCCACAACGUAAGCUAAUCAAUUAUAGCACUGUAGUUUAGAUGUUCGCAGUAUUGCUUACAGUAACCGUAACAGUAAUCCACUGUGUAAUGCCUGAUCCGUGUGAUGUAGUGCAGUUUGUAAGUGCAUGUAACAUUGUAUGUUUGUUAGUCAAUUUUCAUUUGGUGAAGUAAGACUCCUGUAUUUGUAUUCGUAUUUUUAGUUCUUAUGCUAUAUAUCGUGAGGGAUGAAUAAAGAAAGCAAACAGAGUUCACCCA